AAGAAAUAAAUGAGAUACUUACUCAUACCCAUGGAAGAAACAAAAUACUAAGUACCCCAAAUACAUCCAAAAUAGAAAUACUCCAGCCCAUUCAAGACACGUGUGAUUUGGAAGCAUAAGAAAAAUUUAUCAAAUUUUAAAAACUUUUCUUACAAAAUAUAAAGAAAUAUAUGGAGGUGAAACUUUAUGUGAAUCAGGUUUGUGAUCAAGCACAGCCUGAAACUAAUGACAUCAAAUAUGUGUAGAUCCACAGAAGAAAUCAUAUCUCUUGAACAUUAUUAAGAAAACAUUCACACAAUCAAAUGCCAUAUUGAAACAAAAAAUGUUUCCGAAAUGUUGGAAGAAGAAAUAUAUUUACAGUAAAACAAUUAAUAAACUCUCUAAGAGUACUUUAACAAGUCAGAAAGUUUGUAAAUGCUCAGUAUGUGGUAAAAUAUUUUCUCAAAAUUGCCACAUGACUAAACACAAGUGUAUACACAAAAGCAAGAAAAAACACUAUUGUGAUAUCUGUGGCAGAACCUUCUCUGAGAGCAGUACUUUGACUAAUCAUAAACGUAUUCAUACUGGUGAAAAGCCAUACCACUGUGAUAUUUGCAGUAGAACAUUCACUCAGUAUGGUCAUUUGAGUAGACAUAAAUAUACUCACUCAGGUGAGAAACCAUAUAACUGUGAUAUAUGUGGAAAAUCAUUCUCUCAGAGUGAUAAAUUAGCUAUUCACAAACGUAUUCACACAGGCGAAAAACCAUAUCAGUGUGGUAUUUGUGCUAAAACAUUUUCUCGAAGUUCUGAUUUGAAUAGACACAAGGACAUUCACACAAUUGAGAAGCCAUACCACUGUGAUGUCUGUGGGAAAACCUUCUCUAGAAGAAGUAAUAUGACUAACCACCAACGUACUCACACAGGUGUGAAACCAUACUACUGUGAAAUCUGUGGAAAAACAUUCUCUAGUAAAUUAUCUACACACAAACGAAUCCACACAGGUGAGAAACCAUACCACUGUGAUAUAUGUGGAAAAAAAUUCUCUCAGAAUGGUCAUUUAACUCAGCAUUUACGUGUUCACACAGGUGAGAAACCAUACCACUGUGAUAUUUGCAGUAGAACAUUCACUCAGUAUGGUCAUUUGAGUAGACAUAAAUAUACUCACUCAGGUGAGAAACCAUAUAACUGUGAUAUAUGUGGAAAAUCAUUCUCUCAGAGUGAUAAAUUAGCUAUUCACAAACGUAUUCACACAGGCGAAAAACCAUAUCAGUGUGGUAUUUGUGCUAAAACAUUUUCUCGAAGUUCUGAUUUGAAUAGACACAAGGACAUUCACACAAUUGAGAAGCCAUACCACUGUGAUGUCUGUGGGAAAACCUUCUCUAGAAGAAGUAAUAUGACUAACCACCAACGUACUCACACAGGUGUGAAACCAUACUACUGUGAAAUCUGUGGAAAAACAUUCUCUAGUAAAUUAUCUACACACAAACGAAUCCACACAGGUGAGAAACCAUACCACUGUGAUAUAUGUGGAAAAAAAUUCUCUCAGAAUGGUCAUUUAACUCAGCAUUUACGUGUUCACACAGGUGAGAAACCAUACCACUGUGAUAUUUGUGGUAAAACAUUUUCUCAAAGUAGUCAUUUAACACUUCAUGUACGUGGUCACACAGGCGAGAAACCAUAUAGUUGUGAUAUUUGUGGUAAAACAUUUUAUGAUAAUCAGAGUUUAACUCGUCACAUACCUGUUCACACAGGUGAGAAACCAUAUCAUUGUGAUAUCUGUGAUAAAACUUUCUCUAAGAAAAAGAUUUUGACUAAUCAUAAGCAAAAAGCACAUAAAAAGCAAACCAUAAAACAAGAGAAUAAGUUGGAAGAAUUUGUACAAAUUAUUACUUCAUGAAGUAUAAAACAUACAACAGAACUGUAUUGAAAGUGGAGGAAGGUAGACAAGAGUCGUAUGUUCAUUCAACCAUAACAUUUUUCUUCCAGAACUUUCUUCAACACAGUACUGGAACUGAAUGUAAAUUUACAUAUGUUUACGUAACUAGCUUACAGAAGGUUUGUGUAAAUAACAAAGUUAUAAUGUUUUAUAAUUAAACUUUAUAUAAACCUCUUCAUUGAUUCAAUUUGGUAUAAAAUUAAUAUCUGAUCUGAUCACACUGACGUCUGUCACUAUUUUGAUGUUAAACAGUUGAUAAUUGUGACAGUUACUUUUGCCUCUGUGGAUUAAAAUUCCAAUAAUCUUGAAAAGCCAUUUCAUCAGCUCUUUCAGCCAAAUAUAAGUUUGUGAUUUUGGAAGAAGAGUGAUUAAUUAUAAAAGUCCAACAUUAAUUUAAAUAGAUUCUUUGUAGGUUAUUGUGUUCAAAUUGUCAAAUAUAUUUGAAAAGACAUAAAUGAAUGAUAUUUAGAAUAGAGCAAUGACUUGAUGAAGAUGACAGGGAAGGAGAAAUCUGACUCAAUGGAAUUAGUAGCAUCUGUUUAAACAUAGUUAUAGCAUAGCCACUUAUUCACUCAGGCCCUUGGCUCUUCCUAGGGCACAGGCCAUAAUAAUCUCUUUUCACUUACUCUUGUCCUAGGAUAUCCCCUCUAGUUUCCCCCCAGUUCCAUCUUGAUCUUCUCACUCUUCUUCAGGAUACAUUGCAAGAAGUUCCUUGGGCUUCCUUUUAUCCUUAGAGUUAUACCUUAAUAAUUGCCUAGCAACAUUGUAUUAAACCUCUUCGAAGAGUUACCCAAUCCAGUGCCACUUUCUUUAUAAAAUAGGGGGUGUUGGUUUGCUUCCACAAGACUAUGUUUCUGCAAUGCUUCAUUCUCCCUUUGCAAGAUCCAUCUGAUCCCCAAGUCUGUGAAACUUAUCUAACACAGUAAGGUGACAGUCCAUGCGGGUGUAUGGGAUAGCAUCUUGUUAAAAAAUAACAUGCUACAAACCAGUGAUUAACUUUAUACUCAGAGCAGGAUCCAAACCAAGCAAUUAGCACCGUAACUGAAAUAGUUUUAUGAAAUGAGAAACAUGUUGAAAGGAGCAGAAAGAUAAGGGUAACACAAGAGACUACCUAGAGAUUAAACUGGAUAAAUGUCACACAUACUAUGCUAGGAGAAUAAAAAAUAACUGUAUUACAUCAGUAGAAUGUCAUGGGUGAAGUGUAAAACAGUAAUCCAUGUGGACCACAAUAAAUGUUCUUGUGAGAAAAUUGAUUUGAUUUUCUUUCAAUUACCUAAAUUUUAUUUAAAUAUCUCAUCAUUAACUUAACUUACAUUAUUAUGAAAAUAUGGCUGAUGAUUUGAUACAUGAAUUAGUUUAGUUUUAAAAAAUAUCAAUUCUUUCUUAUUAUGAAAGUUUUCCAAAUGAUAAUGUUGGAGUUAUGUCUUGUAAUAUCUACACCAUCUGAGAGUGAAUGUAGUUGUGAUGCAAUCAGUUGAGGGUCUAGCUGCAGUGAGCAAUACAGAGAUGGUUUGUAAGUCAGUUGACAUAGCAGGAAAAGUUUACAGCUUCUUCAAAAAUAGUUGAUAUGUUAAGAUCAUGAGGUUUGGGUUUGAUGCGCUUCAGAUAAAUUGUGUGCUAAAAAGAUCCUAAUGAACUGGAAUUACCCCUCAAAAUUUGAGAAUCUCAGGAGGAGGGAAUAAAAGAUUUAAAUCAA